AAGACCAGAAGCCAAAGCGAAAUGGCCACCAGAAGAGUCGAAGCCUUCCUCUUCCCACUUCUCCUCCUGCUCCUCUCCUCCAGCUGCCUCUUGGCUUCAUCCUCCAGAUCUGAUCCAGAGAAAAAGCGUUGCGCCAUGGAGUGCAGAGGCAUUCCGGAGCAGCAGCAGAGGAAGCUAUGCGUGCACCGGUGCUUAGAUGAUUCCAGCGAGCAAGAAUCUGGAAGAGAGCACAACCCUUACUACUUCGGCCGGCGGAGCUACCAGCAGUGGAGCAGAACGGAGCACGGCCGUUUGGAGGUGCUGGAGAGGUUUGCUCGGAGAUCCGACCACUUGCUGGGCGUCGACAACUACCGCCUGGCGGUGUUGGAGGCGGAGCCGCAGACUUUUAUCAUGCCCUGCCAUUGGGACGCCGAACAGGUGGUUUACGUAAUGCAAGGGCGUGGGACGAUAACACUGCUGCACGAGGAGAGGCGAGAGUCACACGAUAUCAAGAGAGGAGACAUCAUGAGGGUUCCGGCGGGGGUGAUCGUGUAUGCCAUCAACAAAGCCAGUAAUGAGAGGCUCCGAGUCGCCAUGCUCCUCCACCCCAUCUCGACUCCCGGGCAGAUUGAGGAGUACCAUGGUGCAGCCGGGAGGAAUCCACAGACCUUCUACACCAGUUUUAGCAACGAAGUACUGGAAGCUGCCUUCAAUACUCCGUGGGAUAAAACUAGAGAGGGUGUUUAG